UUUUUGUUUUGAGGCUCCACAUAAAUCUUUAGAUUCAAGGUUUAUGAUCUGUGAGUAUGUCUGUUAACAAGUCACCCAUGAUUAAUAAAUUGGGAGUGAUAUCUUCUUCUUAUCAUGAAAAAUUCUUGAAGUCUAAAAUUCAAAACUUAAGGAAAAGAAGGAAAAAUAAACCAAAUCCAUCAUUUUCAAUCACAAAAGAAUUCAUCUUGAGAUUCAACCAAGCAAGAAAUCCAAAAGAGAAGGAAGAGUUGUUGGACCUAGCUAGAAAAACCAUUCUCAGAUGUAAGAGAAAAUUGGGUCUCAAAACCUUAGGCUCUGGGAAGCAUGUGCAUCUUCCUACGGCAUGGACGGAAGUAAUAUAUCUAGCUCAGUGCAAAGGAGAAAUCCAAGAUGAAGCUUUAAAUAUGCUUUAUGCUUCCCUGGACCAUGCUUCCUUUGAUUAUGAUCAUCUGCCUACCUUAUUUUUUGUUGCGGAAUCAGUUUUAUACAGACUCUGUUGUGAUGCAUUACAAAAGACAUACUUAUAUUCAGUUGAAAUAAAGCUGAUAAAGAUUGGCUAUUUGGUCUUCUUACGACUUUUUAUAUAUUUCCUGCAUGGCCACCUAGAAAGUUUUAAGCAACAUUUAUUUAGGCUUCAACCAUAUUUGUACGCACUUUGUUUCUCUGGAGACUCAUAUCACAAGUAUCCAAACAUCUUUUCAAAUGUGCAAUUCAUUCUGAAAACCAUGGAAAUUAUAUAUAAAAGAGAACUCCUUUCUGGAUCAAUUUUUAGCCCUGUGGAAAACAAGAAAAGCCGUAAGGACAUAGAUUCUGAUAUGGAACAUUUGCAACUUAAUCAGGGAGGAUAUGAAGUUAACCACCUGCUCUGGCACUGUGUUGCUGCCUGGUCAUGUGUUCAGAAGAAUAGUCCUCAGCUGAAUAAGGUGCUUGAACAUCUCAUCUUUCAUAAAGUGCAGCUUCAAAAGAAAUGCUGGUUGGAUUCAAUACUGGCUUUGUUGGUCCUUGGGGAGGCUGCCAAACUAAACAUGGCCUGCUUAAAAGCUUUAAUGGAACUAAUGAGAGAUUUCCUUUCAAGCAUUAUGUCUGUUCAAAACCAGGAAGAAGGCUGCAAGGUAGAUGACUUUUCCUGGGCCUGGAAUGUAGUCUACAUGUAUAUAACAAUUCUUGCAGAAAUCUGCUUGUAUGCAACCACUUCUAAUUUACGAAAAACUGCUUUUAUUGGUUUCUGUGUCUGUAAAAGUUCACAAAAAGAUAUUUUACUCAUGAAUAAAUCAGAAGAACCACCACAAUUGAAGGAAGCAAGUAUUUUAGGUCUUUUGGAAUAUUUCUCUUCAAAAAUAUCAGAUAAUUGUGAUCAAGUGACAUGGAUUGGAUACUACAGCUUAAUAUAUAACUUGGUGAAAAUGUUAUGGGAACUUCGGGGAGAUGAUGAGCAGGAUGGAUUUAGAAACAAAAUAUGGCAAAUAUUACAGAAAACAAAAGAUCAUGAGAAAGAUGGGCGAAUCCAUAAUGGCAUAUAUAUAGCUCAGGCUGAGUUAAAUGACCCAACUGAUCCCUUCACUAAUUAUAGUACAAAAGUCUCAUCGAAUGUAGGGGAUGAAACUUACUCUAAAUACAUAGGCUGGAGAAUUGCCAAUGCUCUUUCCAAACUGUUCUUCCCCUCCACUGAAGCCCAUGUUCUUCCUUUGAAAAAACCAUUGAAAAAACAGGAUCCAGGGAAAUAUCUGAACAAAAAGGAUUCUGUGAAGAAGAGAGUUCUACAUGUUACUAUAAGGGAACAUCCUUUUGUAUCAGAACUUCCCCUGUUUUCUUACCCGGAUUUCUUCACCAGGGCUGAUGAAGAGUUGGCAAGAAUCAUUGACCAUCAUUGGCAGAAAGAGCUGAAGAUUCGACAGAAAGAAGAUGCAAUAUGUGAGGCCCAAGAACGUAAAGACAAAGAGUUAAAGGAAAAAAAUCACUUCAGAGAAAUUAUGAAGAGAAGAGAAGAGAAACUACACAAGCAAACCAAACCCUAUGAGCUUCCUCCUAGGACUGAAGUAAUUUCAUUAGAAAUAACAUAACCCCAAAAUUGAAGUCCAUAUGCCAGAAAUUGCAUGAAAGAGAGCAAGAUAGCUAGAUGUUAGGAAAAACUUCUUCUAAUUAACUAGAAGCCAUUUCUUCAGAGUUGUUAUCCUGGUGCAGACUCUUUAAUAGUUUUAUCUUUGUCCUAAAUUAGCAGCUCUUAAUCACAUUUGAGUGAAGUGAUUUUACUAGUUAAACAUUUUCAAGAGUAUGUCUAGAGCUCUUCCUAAUUGACUUUUUUCUUUUGAUCAUACAGCAUCUUUAAUGAUUCUCAGAGUAUUGAUUUUCAGUGGACCAUUAGAUGGAAAUGGAUUGUAAAUUAUUAAUGAGUCACACUUAAGAAUUAUUCCUUGAAAAUAGAAUGAGCACCAACUGAUACUCCUAUGUUAACUAUUAUUACAAAUAAAAGAAGUAAGGCUCCUGGUUGGAUUUGUAUUUCAUAGUCAAUGCCGCAUCCAGCUCUAGGUCAGAAACUUGAAUUCAGUGAAGUACAGUAGAUAAAUAAAUCUAAGCAGGCCAUUCAUCUCAGGAUGAUUUGGACUUUGGUGGAUACCAAAGGAGA